GACGAGCCUCAUCCAUUCAUCAACUUUGCCUUUCGCGUACUUCACACAGAAGGAUUACAUACUUCUCAAGUAGUCUAUCUCAUCUGACACUAGGAGGCUCUUAUUGAAUCCUCGGUCAUUGAGGUUCUUUUUACACCAUUGUUUCUCCGUAUCUUCAGCUGGCGUCGUGUCCUUAAUUCAUCCCCGUGACAGCACCUAGCUCGCCAAACAUCAUUCGCCUUCAACUCCACAGCAUGCGGGAGUGAGGCUUCAGGCCCCCACGUCGAGGAGGAUUCUUUCUCUUUUAAACCCCCAAAGAGUUCGGAAUGUCAACUGGGCCUCAGGGUACUGGCACCGGCAGCAAUGCCGGUGCCGGGGGAGCUGCUGGUGGCAAUGGAACUGGACCUGGCACUGGAACUGGAAUGGGAGCCGGGCCUGGAACUGGAACUGGAACCGGAACUGCAUCAGGCGCUCCCCAGCACGCUAGCCACCCGCAGCAGGCAGUGACCCCAGGGACAGGUGGCGGAGGCGCGACAACGUCUUCUACCACAACCACAAUGACAAGUCAGGAUCUUAACCAAAUUGUAACCGAUUAUCUCCUCAAAAGGGGAUUCACGAAAACCGAGCAUGUGUUUCGGCAAGAAUCAAGCCACCUUGGGCCCGAUGGGCGGCCUAUUCAAAAUAGGGUCGAGGACAUGGGCCCCCUGAAGUACAAGAAGGCCUUCGGCACUCUUAAGGAAUGGGUUGAAAAUAAUCUGGACCUCUACAAGUUUGAGCUUAACAAGUUGCUCUGGCCGGUUUUCGUCUACUCCUGGAUGGAACUGAUCAAUCAGAACUACGCCGGCGAGGCCAAGAACCUUCUCAACUUUGUAAGGCCGGUCUUUGAGAGCACGCAUGGCGAUGACUUGAAGACCUUUGCUACGAUAAGCCUCCCCCAACAGCUCAAGGAGAAUGCAGCUACCAAGCUUUACCAGGCGAACAAGUAUCGGAUUCCUCUGAACCAGCAUGUCACUGGCAAUGUAUUCCACUUUCUGGAACGCGAGAGAGAUAAUGGGGGAGCCGUUGUUACGUACAUUUUGCAGACCUUUUGCCAGAUCGAUUCGACGGCCAGGGGACCGAUCGAACCGUUCAGUUUCGAGGCCAUCUACCGCCGUAUCCAGAAUGCGUCCCUUGAAGAUAUCGAUCUCCACGAAGGUAUCCCGGGCGUUUCUGUCGGCGUCUCGAACAGGGACAUGCUCGACAAGAACGUUCCCCUACGGCUAGGAGCGCUGCCCAUGGACGAAGAGCUUCGGGAGGACGUGAGGGCUGAGCUGGCCGAAGAAGAUCAACGCAACCCGCCUCCGGAGGGAAAGCCCUCGCUCGUCGACGAGUUUGAUCAGAAGAUCAAGCGUGAGGAAAGCGCGGACGCUCCCAGCCGGGCCGAUCUUCCGCUCCCUCCGUCACGAUCUAGGGAUGUCGUGAUGGAGAUGCAGAAGGUCCGAGAAAACCGCGACCGGUUCAGAAUCGAGAGUCGGUCGCUCGGUGCCGGCGUACCCGUCAGCGCAUGCAUGUUCACAUUCCACAACACUCUCGGGAGCGUGUCAUGUAUGGAUUUUUCCAAGGAUCACGAGUUGGUCGCGGUCGGCACCAUGGACUCGUAUAUCCGAAUUUGGUCUCUGGAUGGCAAGCCUCUGAAGUCGAAAGUGCCUCACGAGAAGGACGCAAAAGUGAACAACCGCAAGCUCAUUGGCCACUCCGGUCCUGUGUACAGUGUGGCCUUUUCUGAUGCCAUUGCCAGUGCGGAGGGAAGAGAAGCGACGGCGACAGACGGAGGGAAGGGAACCGGCUACGUAGAGACGGGGUCAAAGCUUCUGUUGUCUUCCUCGGCCGAUGGACAUAUUCGCCUGUGGUCGCUGGAGCUCUGGUCUUGCCUCUGCAUCUACAAAGGACACGAUGGUCCUGUGUUCAGGGUACUUUGGGGACCCCAUGGCCACUACUUCCUGAGCGCAGGGUGGGACAAGACGGCACGCGUGUGGAUGCAGGACCACGCAUCGGCGCAGCGGCUGCUUGUUGGGCACGACACGAGUCUCUCGGUCAUCGCGUGGCACCCCAACGGCACUUACGUGUUUACGGCAUCGGACGAGACAGAUAAGUCGAUACGUAUGUGGUCGGUCAUCACCGGCUCGUGCGUGCGGGUAUUUACGGGGCAUACGGAGUACGUGUCGUCUAUGGUAUGCGCGCCCAAUGGCAAGAUCCUGGCCAGCGGGGACACUGGCGGCAACAUCAUCUUCUGGGACUUGGAGAAGGGUGUCCGGCUCAAGCGAUCUCGCGGGCAUGCCAAGGGGGGCAUCUGGUCCAUGGACUUCAGUGUAGAGUCGAACGUGCUCAUCUCAGGCGGACAAGAUGGAACGGUGCGGUUGUGGGAUGUGGAGCUUCCCGCCGAAGGCCACAAGGCUGCUCAGCUGCAGCAUCAACAGCACCUGCAACUGCAACAGCAACAGGCCCCUCAGCAACAACAGCAAGGCAGCGGCACAGGACCUACGCAAGAAGGAGCCGAUGGCCCCAAGGCUGCCGGUACUGGUGCCGGCACCGGCGCUGGCGCUGGUAGUGGCAGUGCGACUGACCGAAUGAACACGGGUGCGGGUGCUCAGGGGGCGACGACGGGAGGUUCGGGGACCACGGGAGGGGGCGGUAAGAAGAAAGGCAAGGAAGUGAUGAUCACGCCUGACCAGAUCAGCGCGUUCCCGACGAAGAAGACGCCGGUGAUGUCGGUGCAGUUUACAAGGAUGAACUUGGUCGUGGCAGGCGGGUGUUAUGACCCAGAACGCUAGAGACGGGAAGUCGAUAGCUUCUCUUCUCCACGAGAGAUGCCGAGUCGGAAAAUCGAUGACUUCUCUUCCCCAGAAGAGACGUAGACUUUUGAGAGUCGGUGACGUGAGGCGCCUGCCGAACAUGGUUAUUUGCGAUGGCGUUGGGGAAUAUGGAAUAUUGAGACUGGACCUGAUGGGAUGGUGGAUGCCGACAUACGGCUCCUGUUCCCGCUUGACGAACCUCAAGACGGCGCAGCCCAGCCACGGGAGGUUGGGCUGGGUAGCCAAGAGUCUUUUGCAUCAGUUGGUUCGGAUGCUCAUUACGGGUAGUAGGGUCAAUGGUGUCAGCUGACACGUUGUUGAUACCACUGGCAUUAAUCGCAAUUAGCUAUUGCUAGGUAUUGAAUAUGAAGCCGUCGACCGGUGAGUAUAUUACGGGAGCCCAACGAUUAAAACCAG